AUGUCUCUUGUAGAUCUUGAUGUUGGAGUGGCAAGACUUAAAGGAAAUAGAGAAUCUCAAAUGGAUAGAUUUAAUGUUAGCAAUCAUUAUUUCCAAGAGAAGGGAUAUUCACUCUUUAUAAUUUUUGAUGGACACGGUGACGAAAGAUUUUCAAAGCACGCAAGUGAAAAUUUAGCAAAUUUAAUAGUAAAUGAUAACGAGUUUAAAGCUGGAAAUUAUGAACGAUCACUUAUUAGUGCGUUUGAAUUUGAAGAUUACAAGUUGACACAAACUUUAGGAAAAGAAAUAUCUGGUGGAACUACUGCUACUGCUUCAUUAUUUUUUCGGAACAAAAAUGUUUGUUAUGUUGCUAAUGUUGGUGAUAGCACUGCAGUUCUCGGCAGUAUUCCUGGUGGAAAAUUUGAACCUAAAGCUAUUCCUGUAAGUCGUGAUGAUAAAAUGAGUGAUUUAGAAGAAUUUGAUAGACUUUCCGGAGCUAAUGCUAUAGUGCGUAAAGGAAGAUUGAUUCGUCCCGGUCAUUCGGUUAACAUGACACGAGCUCUUGGUGAUUUCGAUUUUAAAGCUCCAAAAGUCCCAUCUGGAGAAGAUUGGAUUUCUCCUAUCCCUCAUAUAAAUAAAAUUGAAUUAAAUCCUCGUGAAGAUGAAUUUAUGAUUUUGGCUUCAGACGGUUUAUGGAAUGUUUUCGAUGAACAAACCAUAGUAAAUGAAGUUACUCUUUGUCUUGAUCGAGGUUAUGAUGUUCAUCAAAUUGCCUCAGCAUUAGCUGAAGCUUCUGUAAAAAGAGGAAAUCCAAUCAGUGAUAACGUUACUAUUAUUUUAAUUUAUUUUGUUUGGGAAUAA